AUGGGCUCUGACUUUAUCGCCGUCACCAGAAUCCACACAGGCUGUUUGCGUAGUGUGUUCAGAAAGAGAAGCUGCCACCUGAGCUGAACCCUGGGACACGAGAACUUUAUUAAAAUGCAUCGGGUCGUUAUGAAAAGUACUUUUCAAACUUCUUCUUCUUCUUCCUGUUGUUGUUGUUGAGGAGCUCAGUGCAGAGGAAUGCUGAGGAAAGAAAACUCCCGGUCAACAUACCAAGAGUUCAGUGAUGACGACGGUGAAGGCCGCUCACAGUCUCCGGACCUUUCUGAUGAUUCACCAGAAGACCUGGAGGAGCACGAGGAGCGCGAGGAGCCGAACGGCAGAAUCUCACCAGAGGACGACAUCAGGGAGAGCAGCCCGUCGAGGAGAUUUAGUAAAACCUGCCUGAAGAAUGUCUUCACGGUGGUCCUCAUCUUCAUCUACCUGCUGCUGACGGCGGUGGCGGCGUUCCUGGUGUACCAGACCAUCUCUGACUUUCUGGACAAACUCAACCACCCAGUCAUGUCUGUCACCUACAAAGAGGUGGACUCCUUUUCCCCCCCUGGUAUCGCUCUCUAUCCCGGCCGAGCUGAGCUGCUGAGCUGCAGACAUCACUACCACGACUACAUCCCUCCGUUAGUGAACCCGGGCGAACCUCAAGAGGGAGACUGUGAGAUUAAAAACGUGACUUACUUCGGACCAUUUACAAAUCAAACAGAGAAACGAGCUCUGGUGGUCCGCGGCCCCUCUGAUGUCAGAAACAAAGAGUUGAUCUUCAUGCAGUUCAGUCAAAAUGAAACAGAAGAGGACUUCAGUGCCAUCACCUACAUGCUUUUCUCCAAGUUUAGUGACUUCACUGACAGCGUGAAUCAGUCAGAGUUCAUGAGGGACUGUGAGAAGAAUUACUCCAUAUGGACCUUCUCUGGAGGAUUCAGGACCUGGGUCAAGAUGUCUUUAGUGAGGACGUCUGGGAAAAGCAAUGAAGCUGUCGAGUUUCGUCAAGAGUCCACUGUGGUGAAAUUCAAUGAUAAAAGACCUGAGUCGGAGCAAAGCAACCAGCUUUUCUUUGCUGUUUUUGAGUGGCGGGAUCCGUUUAUGCAAGAAAUCAGACUGAUAGUGACCGCAAAUCCCUGGAACUCCAUCGCCAUCCUGUGUGGAGUCUUCAUGGCUUUCUUCAAGGCAGCUAACUUUGCCAAGCUUACUAUUCAGUGGAUUAACAAGAUGCGUAAGAGGCACCUGAGGAAUAAAGCUCGGGAACUGAACCAAAUCGGCUGAUGACACAGUCUGGUCUGGUUCAGAUCUGGUUUAUUCACAUCUGUCCCGAGGGAUUUGAGGUCAGUACCUACACUGUUUUGCAUUAUUGUUAUGGAUAAUUCACACUAAUGAUGUUUGCUCACAAGAUUUGUUGUAUAGAUAAUAUGACUUGUUACUGCUCCAUCAAUAAUUUCCUACCAUUUCCCUACGAAUGGACAUUUCUGUGUUUAUAACACAUUUAAAAUAUAUGGAAAUGUAGUUUUAUCACGCACAUAAAAGAAUGAUUCAGUUUGUGAGUCUUGGGUUUUCAGAUCUACAACUGAAAAAAUGUGAACUUUGGUCAAAGUGUUGCUGGAUUUUAUUUUGGUCUUUGUGUCUAUAAUAUCAUUUUAAAGGGAAUAUUGUCCCUUUCAAAACAAUGCUGAAUCAUAUGCUGUUAAUGUCACUAAGCAAAAAUGGGAAUGUGUCCAAACUGGAUUUUUGACCACUUGAUGUAUUUUAACUCUAAAGGGAUCAGAAAACUAUUUUUCACGUGUCAAAGCGAUCUGAUGUUUAUUUUCGUUGAGCUGGAACCAAAUGUGUGUUUAAUUACUGUUGUUUUUACAUUUGAUUUGAACACAUGUAUUGUAAAGAUGUAUCAGUGCGUCACUGUGUUUAAAUUUUACUUGAAUUAUCACCUAUGCUGUCGUUGUUCAAGAUUGUAUCUCACACUUUUGUUGUUAGAGAAUUUGGAAAAUAAAAAUAUAUAUUUCUGCCUGGA